CAGCAGCAGCCGAAGGAGGCCCCACAUUCUCUGCUCGCGCUUCCGAGUUGGACUGAUUGUCUGUCGGAUUUCACAGCUUGGCUCUGUCAGCUCAUUCGGAGGAGGGUAUCAGCUACCACAAUGCAGACCAGGACGGUUCAGGUGGAGCGGUUGUCAGAUCUAGCCGGCGAGAGAGAGAUUCACGAGUUCUUCUCCUUCUCCGGCGAAAUCGAACACAUUGAGAUCCGGCGAGAGAAUGGGAAGUCAGCAUUCGUUACAUUCAAAGACGCCAAAGCCCUUGAAAUUGCUUUGCUAUUAUCGGGGGCAACUAUUGUGGACCAAAUAGUGACAAUUAGUCCUGCCAAAGACUAUACUCCAAAUCCGAGUCGUGAGCCUCAGGAAGUAAGGGUGGUGGAGUAUGCUGUCUCUGUUAGUCCUUCCAACAAUUCUUCAUCUCAUUUUGAGGAAAAAGCUAGUCCACCACGGAAAAGAGUUUAUGUCAACAGAGCACAAGAAGUUGUUACAACCAUGUUGGCUAAAGGGUCAGCUAUCAGUCAAGACGCAGUGAAUAAAGCUAAGGCAUUUGAUGAGAAGCAUCGAUUGACUGCCAAUGCAUCGGCCAAGGUCAUUUCCUUUGAUCAGAGAGUGAAGUUGUCAGAGAAAUUUACUGUGGGGAUUUCAGCUGUUAAUGAGAAAGUGAAGUCAGUUGAUCAAAGACUUCAUGUUUCGGAUAGAACAAUGGCAGCAAUCUUUGCAGCAGAAAGGAAAAUCAAUAAUACGGGAUCAGCUGUCAAAUCCAGCAGGUAUGUGACAGCUGGAACAUCUUGGCUCAAUGGUGCAUUUGGUAAAGUGGCAAAGGCAGGACAAGUUGCUGGGGCGAAAACCCGGGAAAAGUUUAACACGGCUGUUUCUAACUUGGCUGCUAAGGUAUUGGGAUGCCCCUCUGACACUAUGCACUCUAUUCACUGGGAAACCAAAGCCAAUACUAGUUCACUACAUGAAAAUAGGACUAAAUAUCUGGAAACCAAAGCCACUAAAAACAUGGAUGGGUGUAGUCUUAUGGUAACCAUUAGCUUUGGCUAGGGAGAUUCCUCCUCUACUGCCAUCGAGGAAAAAUCCACCUGUGAGGGCUACCAGUCAGGCCAGUGCUCCUUGAAUCACUUGCCACCAUGGUAGAGUCGAUAGUCAUGGUGGUUGGGGAUUCCCUUAGCUUUGUCCCUGUCAUGAACAGAAAACUAAGUAUCUAUAAGAUUGGUGAAUCCGUAGCAUGAUAUCUUGUUGUUACUGUUUUGAUACUAGUGGCAACUUAAUAUUGCAUGACACUAAAUAAGAUAGUGGUCAAUAGGAGUGUGAACUCAGGGCUAGACUGGAAAGUGCUCUUCAUGGGCCUGAGUGAUUACUGCAAUCAAGUGCUAUAAAUUUUUGAGUCUUACAGUGGUCGCGUAAAGAAAGGCCUGGUUUCAUCAAUAUCCUAAUGCAUUGAGUGGUAGCAUAAGGUUUGCAUCAUAGAGUCCACUUCCCAGGAGAUGUAUAUUUAUGUCUAUUCAACUACAUUGUUAGCUCUGCUUCUGGGAAAGAAUAUCAUGCCGUGCGCUAAUGUUACUGUCGCUGUGAUUGAAUUAUGUAUAGGACACUCCCAUUGCUGUUUAAGAUACCAUGGAGGGUGGGGUGAGGAAGGGCGAGUUCACUAUACAUUGGGGGCAAGGUUGCUGAUUUGCUGGAAGUUGGCGGGGAAAUUUUGUGCAGUGUUUUGUUUUGUGUCGUGGGGGGUUCUUAUGGUCCGUGUUAUUGAUAUGUAUCCAGUAUCACCUUCAUUGUCGAUCUUUAGUCGUCAUCUUCAUUCUUUUGUUCCGACAUAUUCCUAUUGUAAUUUGGGUGGACGUUACUGGGUUCCUGUUGAAUGGGGGGAAAAGAAGGAAGAAAAGUGGAUUCUAUGACCAUGGUGAGAAGUCCACCUCCUCACCUGCCCAUAUCACCUCUUCAUUCUUUGAUUGAAGUAUGUUCUUCAACGGAUUACGCUCAAGUGAUGUGCUUGCCUCUCAAUC